AUGGCCGAGGUAGCAAAGACGGUGGCUCGCCAAUUGCCUGGCUUCAAGCUGGGACAGAAGCAGGUUUUCUUGCCCAACCAUGUAAUCACUUUUCUACGAAAAGAGCAUCUCCCACCGAACGAAGCCACUUUCCAGGUCCCUCUCCGAUUCACAAAGUUCGAUCUUCGAGAUUACCUGUGGAAUCUAUACGAUGUCGAGGUCACAAAGGUCCGGUCGUACGUCAAGCAGCAGCCCUUAACCCAGCGCAACUCCCACUCGCGCUCAUGGUACCGCCCAAAGCCCCUCAAGGUCAUGACUGUCGAAUUGGCCAAGCCCUUCCAAUGGCCAGAGCUCCCUGAAGACCUCACACCCUGGAGCAACCAGUUGUGGAAGAUGCGUGAGGAUCUGAUGGAGAAGCGCAACGACGAACACCUUCAGCAACAGCGAUUCAAGAUUCCCCUCAAGAGCAAGCAGCCUAUGUCCAAGGAGAGACAGGAGCUGGCCGAUAUGGCCAAGAAGUUGAUGUCAGGAGAAGAGAGGUGGACCAACGACGUUGUUCUAGAUCCCAAAUGGGAAAAGAUCUUGAACAACGAGCAAAAGGCUGUGCAGCCCACGAAAGAGGCUUAA